AUGCCGCGCACGGGCACAGGCGACGCUCCAAUGGGCGACGGCACGUCGAAGACGGGCCCCGUGAUGGUGCAGGCGCUGACCGAAGCGACCUUCGACCCCGCCGGCCACGACCACUCCAAGACGAUCCUCAUGCAGGCGGCCCUGACGGAGACGCCGACGAAGGGGGCGGCCGCGGACGCCUCGGAGCGCGCGUGCGCCGCCGCGGGCGCCUGCGCGCCUGCGCGCUGA